AUGGCCGACCUAUCAGCUCAGCAAGAGAAUAGUCGUGAUGAGGAUGAGGAUCGAAAGAACGUCAACAAUAGCAACUAUCACGAUGACCAUACUUUAGAGACCAACAUUGUGGUAGAGGCCACUCCAACUAGAGGAGCAAAGAGAUCUUCUAACCCCUUUUCUAAGGAUAUCAGGGAUGGCAACGGGUCCUCAUGGGGGCGGGGACAUGCCCCCCGCCUCCACCCCUCGCCCCCAAUAUCUGUCCCCGCCUUGUCCCCACGAUGGAGAACAGGUGACGACCGGCGACCACGAGAAGACGCGAAGAGGCAACCAGAUGACCCGGAUGACGACGACGAGAAGACCCGACCAAAUGACGCGGACGAACUCGUGACCAGGAGAAGACACAACGACGGCGAAGAUGACAGGCUCCUUGCUGUAGUGUGCCGGUGUGCGUGA